UCAAAGUCUCUCCUUCAUCGUUACAACCUUGAUUGGAAGAGACAAGAAGAAAGUAAAAGAGAUGGCUAGGCAACAGUUAGAAGUGCUUAACGCACUUGACGUGGCCAAAACACAACUCUAUCAUUUCACCGCAAUUGUGGUUGCCGGGAUGGGCUUUUUCACCGAUGCCUAUGAUCUCUUCAGCAUCUCCCUGCUGUCCAAGCUUCUCGGCCGCAUCUACUACACUGUCCCCAACUCCCCCAAGCCCGGGACGCUCCCCCCGAGCGUCUCCUCCUCCGUCACUGGUGUCGCCCUCGUCGGCACCCUCGCCGGCCAGCUCUUCUUCGGGUGGCUCGGAGACAAGAUGGGCCGCAAAAAGGUGUACGGGAUGACCCUGUUGAUCAUGAUCAUCUGCUCCAUCGCCUCCGGCCUCUCCUUCGGCCACUCCCCGAAAGGCGUCUUGACCACCCUCUGCUUCUUCCGCUUCUGGCUCGGCUUCGGCAUCGGCGGCGACUACCCCCUCUCCGCCACCAUCAUGGCAGAGUACGCCAACAAGAAAACCCGCGGCGCUUUCGUGGCAGCCGUCUUCGCCAUGCAAGGCUUCGGCAUCCUCUUCGGCGGGAUCGUCGCCCUCACCGUCUCCGCCGCAUUCGACCACGCCUUCCAGUCCCCGUCCUACGAGCAGAACGCCGCCGCCUCCACCCCGCCACAGGCCGACUACGUGUGGCGGAUCGUCCUCAUGUUUGGGUCCAUCCCGGCGGCACUGACCUUCUACUGGCGGAUGAAGAUGCCCGAGACGGCCCGCUACACCGCCCUGGUGGCGAAGAACGCGAAGCAGGCGGCGCAGGACAUGGGGAGGGUGCUCAACGUGGAGAUCGAGGCGGAGGAGGAGAAGGUGGAGAAGAUGGCUCAGCAGAAAGGAAACAACUUCGGUUUGCUAUCAAAGGAGUUUCUGAAACGCCACGGCCUCCAUCUCUUCGGCACCACAUCCACGUGGUUCCUUCUCGACAUCGCCUUCUACAGCCAGAACCUCUUCCAGAAGGACGUCUUCUCCGCCAUCGGGUGGAUCCCGCCGGCCAAGACCAUGAACGCCAUCGGCGAGGUGUACAAGAUCGCCAGGGCACAAACCCUGAUCGCGCUCUGCAGCACCGUGCCGGGCUACUGGUUCACGGUGGCCUUCAUCGACAUCAUCGGGCGGUUCGCCAUCCAGAUGAUCGGAUUCUUCUUCAUGACGGUGUUCAUGUUCGCCAUCGCCAUCCCUUACGAUCACUGGACGAAGAAGGACAACAGGAUCGGGUUCGUGAUCUGUUACGCGCUGACGUUCUUCUUCGCUAAUUUCGGGCCCAACGCCACGACGUUUGUGGUGCCGGCAGAGAUAUUCCCGGCGAGGCUGAGGUCGACGUGCCACGGGAUAUCGGCUGCGGCCGGGAAGGCGGGAGCUAUUGUUGGAGCUUAUGGGUUUCUGUACGCAGCGCAGAACAAAGACAAGAGCAAGACCGAUGCCGGCUUCCCGCCGGGCAUUGGAGUCAAGAAUGCUCUCAUUGUUCUUGGGGUCAUUAAUUUGCUUGGAAUGAUUUGCACCUUAGCGGUGCCUGAGGCGAAGGGUAAAUCGCUGGAAGAAGCGUCACAAGAAACUAUAGACGAAACCAAUGGCCCACAAGGAGCUUAACUUUCUUUCUUCAAAGCGUUUCCUACAUAUAUAAGUUUGCUGAAUUCUUGUGCUUUUUUUUUUCAUUUUGGUUUUCUUCACAUUUACAUUUGUGUUGGGUUUUGCAAGAUUGAAAUCUGUAUCUCAUUUAAGUGAGACUGGUGUUUCUGUUUUUCUGUAUCAUUAACAUUUAAGAUUGCGUUGUUCAUUUCAUUUAA